AUGCUAUGCGCGGCUCUAUGCGCCCUAUUCCUGCUCGCUGACCUUGCCGUUGCUGCCCCGGCACGAAGCAUCGAUCCAGCCACGCAGGAAACACAGGAUCUCCUAAAACUGUUGAAUGGCACUUCCGACGAAGAAUUUGACGAAUACCAGAGGCGACUCAGCGAGCAGAUCAACAAGACUCGCGACUUCUUCCUCAAAAUGGGACAGCAGCAGAGGAAGUCGCCAGGUUACGCGGACUUUGUUGCCAGCUCCAUCAUCGACAGUGACGCGGACUGCCCAGAGUUUCUACGCUCGCUCGGUGAGUGU